AUGCAGACGAUCAAGUGUGUAGUCGUGGGUGACGGUGCUGUCGGCAAGACGUGCUUGCUGAUCUCAUACACAACGAACAAAUUCCCUUCAGAAUAUGUACCGACGGUGUUCGACAACUAUGCAGUGACUGUGAUGAUCGGUGAGGAUCCCUACACGCUGGGUCUUUUCGAUACUGCUGGCCAGGAAGACUACGACCGUCUUCGUCCUUUGUCGUACCCGCAGACGGAUGUGUUCCUUGUGUGUUUCUCUGUUACGUCGCCAGCCUCGUACGAAAACGUUAGAGAGAAGUGGUUCCCGGAGGUGCACCACCACUGCCCGGGCGUCCCGGCACUGAUCGUGGGUACGCAGGUCGACUUGCGUGAUGAUCCAGCCGUGGUCGAAAAACUGGCGCGCCAGAAACAGCGUCCUAUCACCGUCGAGAUGGGUGAGCGUCUCGCGCGUGAGCUCGGCGCUGUGAAAUACGUCGAGUGCUCGGCCCUGACCCAGAAGGGUCUGAAGAAUGUAUUUGACGAGGCUAUUGUGGCUGCGCUUGAGCCGCCCGUUGUUCGGAAAAAGUCGAAAUGCGCGAUUCUCUAG